GUAAAAUAAACACGAAAACUUGUUAUUUACCUAAAAUUUUCAGGUACUAUAAUAAACACACUCCCUUCAGGUACUCAGUAGCAGAGCACAGCACAAGUCACAGGAAUUCGCUGAAAUCUCUCUACAGUCUAUACCCACCGCUUCUUCUUCUUCAUUUAUGUUGUGAAAGUUCUGAGGUUUUUGCAGUGGUCAGAUUUAAAGUUAAUGCUAUGGGAAAAUCCCCGGGAAAAUGGAUCAAAAACUUGCUUCUUGGGAAGAAAUCAUCAAAGUCCAAUUAUUCAAAGAGAAGAGAGAAAUCUGCGAAUAAAGAGGAUGAAUCAGCAUUUUCUAAGUUAUCUGUCUCUGACAUUACUGUGGAUGCUCCAUCUAUUGCUCCACCAUUGAUUGGAACUGUUGCUGAUAAUAAAGGGGAAUUAGAUAAUGGAGUGGCUGCCAAAUUACCAAACAAUGGACCUGUUCUUUCUGAUGCAAAGGAAGAUGGUAAGGAGCAAGCUAUUAUCAGCUCGGCAUCAACUGAAGAUCCAGACCAAAUCAAGCUAGAGAAAGCUGCCACAAAGGCACAGGCUGCUUUUAGAGGUUAUGUGGCUCGCCGGGCAUUUCGAACCCUUAAGAGCAUCAUAAGACUGCAAGCUCUUGUUCGUGGUCACUUGGUUAGAAGACAAGCUGUAUCCACGUUAUGCUGUAUACGGGGAAUUAUUAAAUUUCAGGCACUAGUUCGUGGUCGUAAGGUGGCACUAGUUCGUGGUCGUAAGGAUGCUAAAUGUUCAAAGUCUCCUGGACUAAGUACAUCUACUCAGAUGGAGAGGCUGUCUAGAAAUAUUUUUGUUCACAAGCUUCUUGCAUCAUUGCCUACUGCGAUUCCUCUACGUCUCCAGUAUGCUUCAGAGGAACCUAAUGCUGCCUUGCAGUGGCUAGAGCGUUGGACCAGAUCUCGCUUUUGGGAACCUCUCUCACAAUCAAAGAAUCUCUCACAACCAAAGAAGAAUCUUAACUCAAAGUCUCGAACAAAGCAUGAGAGCUUUCAAAUGGGAGAAGCUGAACAAGGUAGGUCAAAAAGAAGUGUAAAGAGAACAUCUGUGGCCAAUGUUGAAAAUGGAUCAGUUUGUUCAACUUUAGAUUCUCAAAAACAUAAAUGCAAUUUGAGGAAAGUUACCAGUCACUCAGUUAAUUCUGGUCAGGAGCAUCCACAAAAUGAGAGUGAGAAAGUUAAGCGUAAGUUGAGAAAAGCUCCUGAUCUCACAAAAGAGUUUUCUGAUCAUUCAGUGGUUAAUAAUGGAAAACUAAAACUUAGUAUGAGGAAAUCAUCAGGCUCUGGUGCCCCUGAUGUUUUGGAGCAGUGCACUAGUGAUUCUGCCAAAAAAUUAGAAGAUUUGGGAGUGGCAUUUUCAAAGCAAUCUGAAAUUGAAAAGAGUGUGGUACUUCCAACAGCAGAUGAUCCAGUUGAUAAGUUACAUUGUCAUCCUUCUUUUGAUUUGCAGCCUAUAGAGAGCAAUUGUAAAACUGAUGAUGUUCAGGGGAUAAAUCAGGAGUUAAGCUCUAAGGAUGAUUGUAUUGGCAAUGAGAACCAGAAAACAAGCCAGAGAAGAGCUUCUUUACCCGCAAAAUUUGAUCAUCAAGAAAGUGGUUUGCAUAACACACCCACAGUACCGAGCUAUAUGGCACCAACUGAAUCUGCAAAAGCUAAGCUGAGGGGACAAGGCUCCCCGAGGUUUUCCUGGGAUGUGGUUGAGAAGAAUGCUGCAAACAGACGACAUUCUUUGUCUUCCUCCACCAAUAGCAAGCUGAGUUCUCUAUCACCUCGAGCACAGAGACUGGUUCAAACAACUGGUAGAGGAUUCAUCAAAAGUGACAGAUCUUUGUCAUCUUGUAGAGAUGGUGGUGAUAAGGUGAUUCAACCAGAGUGGAGGAGGUGAUCUACAAAACCUACUAUUCUGAGGAAAUAUCUCGAGGGAAUUUCAACUCAGCUGCAGGUUCUUUGGAUCAUGUUGUCGUUAUUAGGUAUAAAUUGUAGGACCAGUGUGUCUUCUUAAUAGGUACAUGCAUUUAUGUCUGAGUGUUUGGAUUGGUAUCUUUUAGGCUUCAGCUGUAUAAUUUUCCUUCUUUUUUCUUUUUUCCUUUUUAUUUUUAUUUUUAUUUUUUUGUUCAAGCUUUUAUCAUACAGAAAAUGUGAGAAAGGCUUUAAGUUUAUACUCUGAGAUAUCAAGUUAUACAGUUUCAUUUCAUUUCUUACUGGAAA